AUGGGGGACAACAAGGAAUCAAAAGCUGGUCAGCUACUUAAAAAAUUAUGGACUAAAGUUAACCAAUUGGAACACAAUACGAUAAUGGACUUGAUAACUCGUCCUCCGCUAGUGCUGUUUGAUGCAAUAAAAUCAGGAAAUGCUGAGGCUGUGAAGAUCCUUAUUGACAAGAAUUGUGAAUUAGUGACAAUAAAGGACCCCAAAAAUGGACGGAACCUACUGCACUUGGUUGUGCUAUUUCGACACGAAAGAAUAUUUGAUAGUAUACCAGAGACAUUAAAAGAGAAUUUAGAACGAGCAGUGGACAAUGAAGGUAACAACAUUCUACACUUGGCUGCGCAUCUUCCAGUUGAAUUCGAAGAAUUGUCCAGUUUCAGAGCAAGCAUUCAAAUGCAAAGAGAGCUCGAAUGGUUCAAGUUGGUGGUGUGGCGUGUUCCUGGUGAACUAAGAACAAUGAGAAACAACAUGGGCAAGAGACCAAUUGAUGUAUUUUAUGAAGAACACAAGAAGUUAUCCGAAGAAAUAAAAGAUGCAGGCAAAGGAAUAGCCGAAUCUGGCAUGCUCGUGGCAGCACUUGUUGCUACCGUAGCAUUUGCGGCUGCUCUGAGUAAUGUUCCAGGUGAUAAGACCAAUGCUUGGUUUGUUGUCUUCAUAUUGGCAAAUGCAGUCGCAUUAUUCACUUCUUCUGCGUCUAUACUUUCAUUCUUGUCAAAUUUCACUUCAUCAAGAUUCGCACAAAGUGAAUUUGUGAUAUCACAACAUCCCAGCUUGACUUUUGGGCGUGCCUUACUUUUCAUCUCCGUUUUUGCUAUGAUUGUGUCCUUCACUGCAGCCUCCUUUUUGAUAUUUGAUCACAAAUCCAAGUGGGUUGCUUAUUUAGUGGCUUCAAUGGCCGUUUUCCCAAUCCUUCUGUUUAUUCUCUUUCAAGUUAACUUUUUGGACGACUUCUUGUGGUCUAGAUAUUAUCGUUUGUCCGAAGUUUACACCGAUCACAAGGACGGUUCAGGGUAUUUCUCGUGCUUCUCUUCUGACAUUCAUACCACUUCCUCUGCCACUGUAAUGUCCAGAUACGCAGCAUCCGCAGGAGGAUUGUGGAGGAUCUUGUGA